UCACAGCGCUCCGCCAGCAUCAUGCCGGGGCUCGGCGCCGCGCUGCCCGCUGCCGCCCUCCUCCUCCUCCUCAGCUCUUUCCCGCCCGCCGCGGCGGAGCAGCCCCUGUGGCCGUUCGCUCCGGGCGUGAUGCACGCGCUGAACCCCAGCGACCGCCAGGCCUCCAAGGCGGCCUGGGUAGCGCUACACUACGCGAACUUCAAAGCGGCGUCCCCCAGCCUACUACGGGUUCUGGGGCAGGUGCAGAAAGUACUUGGUAUAAAGGCAGCCUUGCCUUCCCUCCACAGUGCUAUAAGGCUUCACUGCAGGCUCAAUCUUCCUCUCUUUCAGUUCAUUCAAGGAGUUGGUAUGAAGUAUUACCUGCAUUUUACUACUGAUGACUACAUAAACGGGGAAAAUGCUGGGAGCUGCCUUGCUACAGUCUUGUACCUAAAGAGGUCUCCACCUGAAGUCAAUAUCAAGUGUGCAGACAUUCAGGAUAAGAAACAAAUCCAAGAACAGGACAACAGAUUUUACCAAUAUCUUCAGCAUCGAACGAAACCAAUAAUUGCAAAUGAUAUUCCAGACAGCCAUGGAAAUAUUGCCCAUGCCCAUCUUCCAUUGUGGGGCUUGGCUGUUGCUGGUGGCAGUUUCAUCAUGUUGAAGAAAUCAACAGAGAACUUGGGUUACUUCUUGGCACAAGUCAAGGCUGUGAAGCAGCAGAUAAGGAAGAACAAUGCUGUUGAGUUAGAAUUCAUGAUCUUGCUCCAUGAAACUCCAACACAGAAAAUAUAUCCCUGUUACAUGCACCUCAUUUGGAUAUUGGAUCACCCACUGACAUUGAAAUACAUCUGCACUUCAGUUAACCAUUGGCUCGAAGAUGGAUCAGGACAGGACUACGGAUCAGCUGCUGGAAUGUUUCAUGAAAAGGAAGGGAAUUUCUAAAAGCGACUGUUAGCUUUAUGCACACAUUAAAUGGGAAACCUUUGUGUAACAGGCCUGAAGUUGUGAUCAUUUUUCAAUCCAAGCCUCAUUACAGUAAAUUUGAAUCAUCAAUUCUUUCAUCUAUUUGUUCCAGAACGAACCUCUAUAAUUUCUCUAAAUUAAUGUUCUAGGGACCUACCUAAAAACUUUGCUACUAUACUUACACAGAUAAGUAUACACAAGUUGAUUAUGUCAUUUAAUCAUGUCAUAAUCAAUAAUGAACAAAAUUAAUAUAUCAGAUAAAAAUCUUGAGAAAAGUAUUAAUCUGUCACUAAGAAUAUUUGCUAUUUUGUCUGAGAUAGCUACCUGCUGAUUUUUAAAUAACCUCCAAUAAAAUAAAUACCAUUAUACAUA